UGUACCCGAGAGAGGUGAUAACAAAAGACACCAUUUUCGCCAGUCAGUUUAUAAACAAUUUCCAAAGCAGAAGCACAGCGAUAAGUUUAACCAUGAAAACGUUUACAUCUCUCUUGCUGACCUUGGUGUUGGCCUUUCUCGGUCCAGACUCUAGCUGCUCUUACUCCCCCAGGGAGGAUCUCAGAAUUAUUCGGGAAUUAAAGAGACAAGAAGCACUAAAUCACGCCAAGAUAGCAAGGGAUUUGGUCCAUCGUGCAUCAUGGGCUGCCUUGGGCAGCAUCUCCACCAACAAAGCCGUGGAAAAUUACCCAAUGGUCAACAUUGUUUCCAUAGAUGAUAGCGAUUCCAAUGGAAACUCCACGGGCUUGGUGCACUUCCUGCUGACCGAUCUGGAUUUCACGGGGCCAGACUGGCAGAAGGAUAAUAAAGUGACUUUCAUGUUCACCGACGAACAGACUUUGAGGUGUAAGGCCAAUGGCAAGGAUCCCAUGGAACCCACCUGUGCCCGAGCCAUGCUCAGUGGCCAAGUAAUAAAGCUGGAUCCCAACGGUACCAACUAUCAACCCGCUCUAAAUGCUUUUACAAAGCGUCAUCCAGCAGCCGUGCACUGGUUAGCUGCUCACACAUUCUACCUGUGCGCCUUGGAUAUUAAAAAUAUAUAUGUGCUGGACUUCUAUGGAGGUCCCCACCAGGUCAGCGCUUCUGAUUAUUAUGCCGUUAAGCUGUGAAAUAACUUAUCAUGGAGCAAACCAGUGACGCCCCAAUGUUUUCGAAAUGAAUUUUCAUUGUUUCAACGCAUUGCACAAAAAUUAUUAAGGAGACAAAGCGUGCGCGCUGCCACUUAUCAGUUAAGCUGUGUGAUUUCCAGUCAUGGGCAUUGACUUUGUACAAUCAAAAUAAGGAACCAAUUUGCAGGAAAAUAAUAUAUGUACGUUAAGGUUAAGGUGAACCCAAAUUGGCUAGGUUUUAAAUAUAUCUAUUAUUAAUUUAAAAGUUCCCGUAAUACAAGUAAUCAAA